AUGUCGCCUGAUACCGCGUGUUACCGAGAGGCUCAUAUCAUGGACGUGUGUCCCAGUAAUUACGACCGGAAUGAGAUUUCAAAUACGUGCUGGACAGAAUGCCCAUUAGACUACCCCGUUGAGUGCGGCAUGGAAUGUAUUCGACAAAGUGAUGACUGCGGGAUAGAAGUGGCCAGCAAGGUCACUGCUGUUGCCAUGACCAUCUUCAGUAGUGCUACAUUUGGCGUGUUCGGCGAGCUGGCGAAGCUAGGUCAGACGAUUUCAUGGGCUGUCAAGUGCUCCAACUCGAUGAUGCUGGUGCUGCGGGGAAUCCUCCGAUACAUUCGCACUAUGAAGGCGGAAGACCCGCAGGCGACCGACCGCAAGCUGCUUAUUCUACUCUACCAGACCAGCACUGUGGUAACGGAUCUACCAAUCGCUAUCACUGUUUGCAUGGGGAAGGCUGUCCCCCCGAACCUUCGUUUGUCACAGUAUGUGCUAUCCACGGCGGAAUGGGUGCUCAUGCAAGCUCUAGCUCAUGACGACAGUAUCAUUUCAAGUUGGGGGAAGUUCCGGGCUUUCCUUAAAGGAGCCAACUUCACUGAAGCCGCCGAGGAGAUCACGGAGGGCGAGAUUGAAUCGCUCGAGACAGCUAUGAAGCAGAACUCAAGUUGUGCCGGAGACCUCAAGUCACUCACGGACCGGGUUUGGCUGACUGUGAACGAGUACCGACAAGACAAUCCCGCCAUUACGGACGAUGAAAUUCACUUCAAGAUCAGUGAUUCCGACCUCGUUCUGUACGACGUGCCUACUGUAACCAAUAACUGCAUGCAGCAGAUGAUCUCCGAGUCGAGCCUAGAGACGGCGUACAAGACCCGGGAGGUCUUACGUAAAACCUUUGGGGUUAUUAUCAGCGACCUCAUCAAAUCGAAAAAGAGUGACAACGGAACGUCGUUAGACGAGAAGGAAAAGGCGUACAAAGUGGUCGACUUCGCCUUCUCCACUGCGGCUGCAACGCUGUUAGACCCCACGCGUAUUACGCUGCUCUUUUCCGAAUACAUCCAGACGGUCUGUGGACCAACGCAGUUCAUGGGCGAGAUCGACGACGGCACGCAACCUGCUACACUGGGCUUGAAUACGAUUGGGGACGCGUUUCGAGGUAGCAAGAUCUCCUGGACCAAAAAAGGCGACGGUAAAGUCAUCAUAAACUUUACGAGUACCGACACAAAGGACGUGACGGUGAACAUCAUGUCUGGAGGAGACAGAUUCGAUGAAGUCGAUGUACAUGUAAAAGCAGGAGGAACUGCCCAAUGGAAUUCCACUGUCAAAGCGCUUGGUGGAAAGACUCUCUACCUUGAUCGCUGGCGUCCGGGUUUCCUCGGUCUUCCGGGCACGGGGGGCGGCUCACUUGUGUUGUGGGUACCCAGAGCCUCCCAGGGAGGCCACUUAGAAAUUAAGGCGAAGCUCAACGUGAGCUAG